AUGCAAUUCAUGGUUGCUACACACAUAUUCUUCGGAGGUAUCCGGUCUGGAACUUGCACUUCUCCUAGCAAGCUCGAGCAUACACCCCAAAAGACGCUUGGGGCCUUCGCGUACUCCAGCGGAAAUUCCGAUAUGUCCGGCGCCGACUACGGCUCUCUCUAUCUCCUGCCACUCCUCCAUGCUAUUAAGAUGUACUCAGGCCAGCCAACCUUUUACUCGCCAGAGUCCUUGCUGUAG